GGUUAGAUUUUAGCUACGUUCCUGCUGCAAGAGUGGACAUUACAGCAAUAAUUUUAUCAAAUAAAAUAUAUAUUUAUGGUGGUUAUAAUUUAACAACCCUAAAUGAUAUUUUUUAUCUCGAUCUGAGCAAAUCCUUUGAUACCUCAAAUCCACCAUUUCAGUUCAAUUUCACGUUGCCACCAAAAGGAGGUUAUAGUGCAGUUUCUUAUGAAGAUGAAAUAAUUAUUUUUGGUGGAUAUAAUUCGAUUGGAAAUGUUAAUGACCUCGUUAUAAUAGAUGAAGUACCUUCUAAUUCUAUCAGAACAAUUACAA